AUGGAAUCCGUCAUUCAACCCCAAAAGACCGCCCUCAUCACUGGUGCCGCCUCAGGUGUGGGGUAUGCCAUUGCCAAGCUCUGCCGAAGCAAGGACAUGCACCUGGUGUUACUCGACAUUGACCAAGAGAAUCUCGCCAAAGCAAAGGCGGUAUUGACGGAUCUCAAUCCAUGUUUGAAGACCGAGGCCUUUGUUCUCGAUGUGGCCGAUGCCGCCCUAUGGAAAGAAACCACUCGCCAGAUCGUUGAUAUCGUUCAAGAUAUUGACCUCGUGGUGUUGAAUGCCGGAAAGGGAUACAGAGCUCAGGGAACCGAUACUGGGCGUCUCAAGCCAUGGCUGGAUGGCAGUUACUGGGAUAAGACUUUCGGUACUAAUGUUCGAGGCCCGCUGAAUGGACUGGAAGCUCUUCUUCCCGUUUUGACGGGAUCAAAAAGUAAGACUCCUAAAUCUAUUGUCAUCACCGGUUCCAAGCAAGGCAUCACGAACCCUCCUGGAGCCGGCAACCCCGCAUACAAUGCAUCCAAGGCGGCGAUCAAGAAUCUGGCAGAGCAUCUUGCGUUUGACCUGCGUUCUGAUCCGGCCACGAAGCAUAUCUCGGCACAUCUAUUGAUUCCAGGCUGGACCUGGACCGGGAUGAUGGGCAAUAUCGGACCUACCGACGAGACGGAGAUCAAGAAGCUUGCCGGAGCUUGGUAUCCAAGCCAGGUUGCCGAGGAGCUGGUUAAGGGACUGGAAACGGGGGCAUUCUACAUUGUCUGCCCAGAUGGAGAAACUGAUCAAGCCCUUGAUCAAGCACGGAUGAAAUGGGGUAGCGAGGAUGUUGUUGAAGGGCGACCGGCACUCUCUCGCUGGGAGGAGAAUUGGAAGAGUCGGGCCGAGGAGGCCAUUCAAGCCGAUGCGAAGAACCGGAGAGCUUAA